GUGCCGACGUUGCCUAUACGCCGCGAGUGCGCUCGAUUUUUAAAUAUUGCUGGUUUUACAAAUAUUAAUACAUUUUGACGAGUGCAUUUCUAAUAUUUGUGUCAUUUGUUUUUUGGCACGCAGUUCAGCAUUGUGUUGGAGAUAAAAUAAUGUUACCGUAAUUUAAGUGCAAUAGAAAUUUCAUAGUGAAAAUAGACGUUAGUUACCGUAAUUUAUUUAUAUCUGGAUGAAAUACUUUUAGUAACGCUACCAAAAUGGCAAGAAUAAGCACACUCCUCAUAGUAAUAUGCCAAUUAGCUACAAUUCCAAUUUUGGGUAGCCGUUCAGAAGAUGACAACCCAUUACUGGAUAUGGCAUCUUCCUUCCUACAGAAUAUGGGGAAUGGAGGCGGCAAUAACUUGGAGGGUCUGGCGGCUAUAGGCAAUAUCAUGGGAACGUUAAUGCAAGGUGACAAUGCUAAGAACAUUGGAGCCAUGUUUGGACAGGAUGGUGGAAAUGCCGGCGAUGUAUUAUCAGGACUCGGCAGCUUACUCGGCGGUCAAGAUGGUAAAAUAGAUCCCUCCAUCGUAGGAUCCAUGGUUUCCAUGUUCGCCCAACAGAUGGCGCCCAACGAGCCAAAGCGCCAAAAACGCCAAGCCCAAGAAAACGAUUUCAAUAUGGAAGGCCUUAUGAGCCUGGCUUCUGGAUUCCUCGGAAACAAGAAUGCUGGAGGAUUCUUACCUCUAAUCAUGAACACAUUAAGUUCACUUUCCGAUGACGAAGCUCAGAAACGAGCUGACGGUCACAAGGACCACGCGUCUUUCCUACCUCCAUUUUUGGAAAAGGCUCAUUUAUAUUGGGAUAUAUUCAUUAAUUCAGAACUUGGGAAGACUAUUUGGGAAAAAUCUGGUUUCAAAAGGGCAAUGAAAUCGUUUGUAGGCCCAGAUGGAAAUAUUAGCUUUGAAUUGAUGUUUAAGAAUUUUGAAAACCAUUCGUUUAGGAGGCACUGGAUUAAGGCUGUAGCAAAGUAUUUAACGGAUAUGGUAGUGCAUGUCGCUAAACCAGAAGUUUAUCAAAGGUACUUAAUCUCAGGACAAUUCAUCGUCAACAGUUUCUUAGACUCUCAAGGAGUGCCAAAAAGCGUUCAUUUGAACCCUAACCGUCCAGAAGAUUCGAUCACAGUACUAAUAAACUAUGUUCUUAAUAAAUAUUUAGAUAUGGAUACGGACGUUUCAGGAUAUGUGAAACCAGCUAUUGAAUACAUUAAGCAAACGCUAAAAAUGGCGCAAUUCAAGUCCCAAAACCUCGCUAACCGUUCCGACUACCACAAACUAGCGGACAGAAUGACAGACACACUGAACUUAGAAGUGAUAGAGCCUGUACUACGCGUGUAUAGAGCGUAUAAGCAUGCUAUAGCGGCUCCACAUUGCCAGGAACAUUUGAUGUGUAUUGUGAAUAGGCACCAUGAUCAGGAUAAAUUGGGUCUGCCAGGAUUCAAAGCCGGUCUCACAAAGCUUAGCAGCUUAGUUGCGUCAGCGGCUCUCAGCUUCCAAAACGGGAAAGGUUUCUGGGACUUGUACAAUGCAGUACAGAGCGAUGUUAAUUGUGAGGCCAAAUACCCCGCUGACUGCUCAGCAUUCCACGAACAUGAACUGAAAGUGACUACCGAAGUUUACCAUAGUGAAUUAUAAAAAUAUUUUAGAUAAUAAUUUAAUUAAAAGUAUUAAGUUUCUGAGAUUAAUUAAGAUUCGAUUUAAUGUAAAGAGAUUCCUAAUUAUUAAUUAUAUUUGGCUUAUUAAGACUUGUAGACUUAAUUGAAUAUAAUUAUAAUAUUAUGCAUAGAUAUCUAUAAUACGCGUACUUAAUGUACAGAAAACUUUUUAAGCCUUAUUAUCUUAAUAUAAAUUAACUUUCAAACGUAGGCAAAUUGUGCUCAUUAUUUUAAUUAAUCCAAUAAUAAUUAAGAUGCGAUGGAAGA